CGGAUAUGACGCCUGUCGGUAGAAACACCUGCUAUUUCAUGAAAAAGUGUCAUUCUAGUAGAAAAUAAAAACAUGAGUCUUGUUUCAUGUUGUAUUGAAUACAUAAAUUUUAAAUGUUAAUUUAUUUCUAAUAAUCAUGCCGUUAGCUUACUUGGGUGUUCCAUUUAAUUUGAAUGGGUGUGAAACAAAUGGCACUCAGAAACAACCUGAAGCAAUGGUGUUGGAUGAAGAGUAUAACCAGGAAACUACAAAGGAUGCUGUAGCAAAUGGAGCAGUUUCAGAAAUUGAGUUGAAGAAUGUUACCAAAGAAGGUUACCCUAAAGCUGUGCCACGGCAUUUCCAUAUAAUUAAAGUCCUUGGUCAAGGUUCAUUUGGAAAAGUUUACCUUGUAAAGAAAGUUGCUGGUCCAGAUACAAACACUUUGUAUGCUAUGAAAGUUUUGAAGAAGGCUUCUUUAAAAGUGAGAGAUCGAGUACGAUCGAAGUUUGAAAGGGACAUUUUAGUUGAUGUCCAUCAUCCUUUUAUUGUGAAAUUGCAUUAUGCUUUUCAAACAGAAGGUAAACUGUACCUUAUUUUAGACUACUUAAAAUGUGGUGAUCUAUUCUCCAGGUUAAGCAAAGAUGUUAUGUUUACAGAGGAUGAUUCAAAGUUCUAUCUUGCUGAAUUGGUUUUAGCUCUUGAGCAUUUACAUAGUUUAGGAAUCAUUUAUAGGGACUUAAAACCUGAAAAUAUCCUUUUAGGAGAAGAUGGUCACAUUUGCCUCACUGAUUUUGGUCUGUGUAAAGAAUCGUUAAACAACGAAAAGGCUUUUUCUUUUUGUGGUACUGUUGAGUACAUGGCACCCGAGGUUGUGAGUCGUAAAGGUCAUACUACGGCUGCUGAUUGGUGGUCAUUUGGAGUAUUAAUGUUUGAAAUGCUAACUGGGUCACUUCCUUUCCACUCCUCAAAUAAAAAACAGACUAUGGAUCAGAUAUUAAAAGCUAGAUUACAGAUGCCUUAUUACCUUAGUGAACCUGCUCAAAGUUUGCUACGCUGCCUAUUCAAGCGCAAUCCAGACAAUAGAUUAUCAACUGGUCCUGAAAUGCGAAAACAUUGUUUCUUUGCUGCCAUCGAUUUUGUUAAACUGUAUGCAAAGGAAGUUAAACCACCAUUUAUACCAGCUGCUCCUCCGAAUAUAUGUGAAAGAACUACGCAGGAAGUUAAUGCCGAUUCUCCUGGUGUACCAGCUAGUGCUACUGCUCAUGAAUUGUUUAGAGGUUUUAGCUAUAUUGAGAGUAACUUGUUUGAUGGACAUGAAGUUUCCAAUAUUUAUAACAGAGUUGAACUGCAAUUGUGUAAGACUUCUUUUUCAAAGGAAUAUAAAACACUGGAACCCAUUGGAAUGGGAGGUUUUUCAAUAUGCAAAAAAUGUAUACACAUAUCUACUGGAAAAUUAUAUGCUGUUAAAGAGAUAAAUAAGAAUGCGGUACAGAAAUCCAAUCUUAGCGAUUGCACUGAAGAAAUAGAAAUUUUAUUUCGUUACGGCAAGCAUCCAAAUAUUGUUACUUUGUAUGAAGUGUUUGAAGAUGAAAAAACUAUUUAUUUAGUUAUGGAAUUACUAAAUGGUGGUGAAUUGCUUGAUAAGCUGGAUAAUCAGAACUUCUACAGUGAACGAGAAGCGAGUGCCAUUUUUGAAAUUAUUGCCAAAACAGUUCUUUAUUUACAUGAUAAUAUGGUUGUCCAUAGGGAUUUAAACCCCUCUAACAUAAUGUAUGCAAAUAGUGACCCACAAUCAUUACGCAUAAUUGAUUUUGGAUUUGCCAAGCAAAUGAAAGCAGAGAAUGGACUGUUGAUGACACCUUGUUAUACUCUCAAUUUCGCUGCACCAGAAGUUUUAAAGAGAAAAGGAUAUGGUGAAGCUUGUGAUGUUUGGAGUAUGGGUGUUAUGUUGAGCAUAAUGCUUACAGGGUGCACUCCUUUUGUUAAAGGACCAAAUGAAGAUAUGAACACAAUUUUGCCAAGAAUAGAGCAGGGACAAAUUAGUAUGAGUACUGGUAACUGGAAAAACAUAUCAUUUAUAGCAAAGGAAUUAAUCCGAAGAAUGCUAAUUACAGAUCCUAAAUCAAGGUUCACCCUGUCGGAUGUUUUGAACCAUGAUUUUAUUCGAGCUAGACAUCUUUUGCCUGAAACACGAAUUACUCUAGGAGAUAUUGCUGCAGUUAAGGAUGGGGCCAAAAUAACUUAUGAAGCAAAGAACAUUGAACAGAAUAAAAUGAUCAAAUUGCUACCUGUUACAGAAUCUGAACUAGCUCAAAGAAGAAGAAUGAAACAAAGUGUUGUUUAAGUGCCAUAAUUUUAUCUUUUUAUUUUACAAAAAAGUGUCCGAAAUGCUGCCAUUAAAAAAAAUAGAAAGAAUAAUACAAAAAAAUAAUUCUUUCAUUUUUUUACGAAAUAUUCCUAUAUUAAUUUUUCCGGUAUUUUAAAUUUGAAAUGUUUUAGUCAUAUUGAUUCAGAUUUUUUCUUCUUUUUUUCACUUUGAAGUAUGUGUUAAUUAGUACUAGAUUUGUUACUUUUAAUCCCAAACAUUUAAAUGUUUUGU